AAUGCAAUAAUUAGUAAUCAUCAUCCAAUAAUAAGAUGAAGAUUUUUCAUAUACUUUUCCUUUUCGCUUUUUUCUCUAUCACUAUUUCACAUGCUUCUCUCAAUGAUUUCUCUGUUGCAGAUUUAAAGGCUCCAAACACUCCUUCAGGCUAUCCAUGCAAACCCCUUUCAAGCAUCACAUCGGAUGAUUUCAGCUUUCAUGGCUUUGUAGCUGGAAACACCAACAAUUCAUUCAAACUUGGAGUCACCACCGCAACUGUCACCAAUUUUCCAGCCCUUAACGAACUUGGAAUCUCAUUGUUGCGGAUGGACUUAGACCAAGGAGGAUUAGCUCCAAUGCAUACUCAUCCUGAUGCAACUGAAUUAUUGUCGGUAGUUGAAGGUGAAAUUACUGCUGGAUUUUUGACACCAACUUCUUUUUAUUCCAAGUUGUUGAAACCAGGUGAUAUUAUUGUUUUUCCACAAGGAAUGUUGCAUUUUGCAGUUAAUUCUGGUAAGGGAAAAGCUACUGCUUUUGGUGCUUUUAGUAGUGAAAAUCCUACUACUCAAAUACUUGAUAUUCUUUUGUUUGGCAAUAAGUUGCCUUCUGAUUUAAUUGCACAAACUACUUUACUAGAUCUUGCUCAAGUGAAGAAAUUAAAGGCUCAAUUUGGUGGAAGUGGGUAGAAAUAUAAGGAUUUAUUUUAAUUUUUAUGUGUCAUCUACCAAAUAUUAAGAUACUAUAUGGUUCGACAAUGUAGAAAAUUACUUAUAAUAAUGAAAAAAUAAUUUGAGUCAUA